AAACCUCUCUCUCUCUCUCUCCCACCAUUUGUGACUAUCUCUUGCUAUUUAUGCACAUAUCUCUCUUUCUCACACCCACCGAACUCUUCUCUUCUUCACCAUCAAAUUUUAUAUUCCGUUACUCUAUUGUGUAUAUCUAAAGAAAUCUGUUGUUGUUCUUGUUUUUGUUCUUGUUCUAUUGAGGAGAAGUUUAAGCAAAAUUAAUCAUGAGCCCAGGAAAAUUCGAUAAUGAUCAACAAGCAAGAAAGGAGAUUAAUGGUCAUCAACAACGUCCAUCCCAACUGAAGAUCAACAAAGAUUCCCAUCUCAUUCAGAAAUCGUCUUCAUCUUCGUCUUCCACCACCUCUUCAUCCUUCAAUGGAAUUGCCGCAGCCACCACAAAGCAUCACCAGCAGCAACAACGCCAUCAUCCAGUGAUCAUCUAUACUCAUUCUCCCAAGAUCAUCCAUACACAAGCUCGUGAUUUCAUGGCUUUGGUUCAGAAACUGACAGGUCUUUCUCGUUCAGAUGAUAAUCAACCAGUGCAACCUCAAUCAUCACAGAAGGAGAAUGGGCAGUCUUCUUCAUUAGAAGGUAAUAAUAAUAAUAACAGCAUAAGACCUAGUGCUGGUGCUGUUGUCCAUGAAGAUAAUGAGUCAUCUUCGGUUGUGACUGAUGAGAAUUGUGGAGGAAGAGGGGACAUCCAGGUGAGUUCAUUUUCUGUUUCUCCUCCGGUGUUCGAAUCUCCAAAUCCUUUCUUCUCCGAUAUUCCCCUCUUCACACCAAAUUCGGCAGACUUCUUUUGCUCGCCGAGGCCUUUUUACAGAUACCCUGAUUCGGUAUUCACACCUUCCAACGUGAGGAGUUCUAUUUCCCCAUCUGUUCUUGAGGUUAUGAAAGGAUUCCAAGAGUACUGAUGAGGCCUUGUUAAAUUUUUUUUUUUUUUUUUUUUUUUUUUUUUAAGCUUUUCAUUCUUUGGAGAUAGAUUAGGGCAGGUCAUAAAACAUCAAUUGUGAAUUAAGCGAUUGAUUUUAAUUCAUUUUUUGGCCAUCCGAGGAGGGAUUAAUCCCACCUCUAAGGUUGGAAUAUGUAUUAGUUUUAUCUUUACAUUGUAAUUUUUAUCUAUUUCUUUGUUCUUUGU